UCCCAUUCCCUGGUCAAGUUCAGUGCGUCGUUCUCCGGACCGGACGGACGCUUCUUAUUGGUAGGCUGCGGCGGUUACAUCACGCCGCUCGUGACGUGCGCGUCUUCCUGUUUCCUUCAGCCGCGUCUUAAAGUGAAUCUUUAGUGGCGGAGGAGCGCUCCAGCAUCCAGUCCUCUGCAUCCAGUGCGCCUCGGAGACGCACACACCAGCUCUCUCUCGCGCGCUCUCUCCCUCCCUCGCUCUCCGCUCUCUCUCUCUCUCUCUCCCUGGCUCUCUCUCUAUGUCUCUCACUCUUUUAGUAACAGCAGAGGAUAGAGGGAGAGACCGACGCGCGAGAGCUCUUUUCAUCCUCUAUUUUUUCUCUAUUUUGUCAUUUUCGCUCGCGUCGCCGACUUUUUUCCAGGUCUUCCGUCUGUGAGAAACUCUUACAUCCCAGCAUCCCAGAAAUCCGCGCCGCUCUGCGAAUAUUCUCCGGGUUUUUUUUUUCUCCCCAGUCGGAGUUCAGGUUGUCCCCCUCUUCAUCUAAAAGGGUACUCAGAGGCUUUGAUCCUAGAGGAGUGGGUUUGUGGGAUAUGGCCCAAUAGCAGCAGCCCGUGAUGCCGGACCAUGACAGCGACUCCCUCCUGAACAGACAGACCAAGCGACGACGUGUGGACAUCGGUGUUAAGAGGACCGUGGGUAGCACAGCCUCCUCGACAGCAGCAGCCACAACAGCAACCACUGAUAAUAUUGCCCGCGCCAAAGCAGCCAUUUUCAGUGCCAUGAACUCUCUGAGCUCUCAUUCUCACCACGGAUCAGAUACCGACUCCAUGGAGUGCUCUGUAGUGCAGCCACAUGGUGGGCCUGGCGUUGUAUCAGCCAGUGACAGUGAGUCUAAGUCCAAUGUACUCCGAAAGCUACUGAAGAGGGCCAACUCAUACGAGGACACCAUGAUGCCCUUUCCUGGCACCACCAUUAUCUCCCAGCUUCUCAAGAACAACAUUGCUAAAAAUGGAGGAGGAGAAAGAGGAGACAGGGGUGACAGAGGGGAGUCAGGCUUCCCCGGGUCAGGGCUCUCCAAUGCAAGUUCAGAUGCUCCGCAGGAGGACGCCUGCAGUAACUCCUCCCAGGACAGCACCCCGCAAGAGUGCUUGUCGCCGUUUGGUCGUCCUCCUGGCUUGGCGUCUUUCGACAUCGAGCGACUAAAUGACGAGCACCUGCGUGCCAAGCGAGCCCGCGUAGAGAACAUUAUACGAGGCAUGAGCCACUCGCCCAGCGUGGUGGUGCCUGCUGCUUCCCGCCACGAGCGUGACCACGAGAUGGACGGAGAACGAGACAUGGACCUGGACUGCCCGCCGCCCCAGUCCCAGCAGCAGAACCCCAGCAGCCCGCGGGGAGGCGAAGUGUGCAGCAGCAGUCGAGAGAACAAGCGCAAACAGCGCCUGCCUCAGCAGCAGCAGCAAAGCUUCACCCAGCUGGUGUGUCAGAGAAAGGAGCAGAAGCAAGAGGAGCGGCGACAACUCAAGCUGCAGCUGGAGGACAUGCAGAAACAACUACGGCAGUUACAGGAGAAGUUCUUUCAGAUCUAUGACUCAACCGAUGACUCAGAGCACAAUGACCUCCACAAUGACAUAGGAAACAUGUCGGAGGACAGCCCAGGUAGAUCUGACACUGGCGGUGAUGACCGGGGUGGUGAUGAUAUGCGAUCUGACAAUGAAAUGUCUGACCUGGACCCAGGCCAUUUCCUAGACAGGGCGCGGGCUCUGCUUCAGGAGCAGGCCCUGCUCGCUGAUGGAGACAAGCCAAGAAGAGAUGGGCUCGGUCGGAGCAAAGGACCAGGAGGUCCCGGGUCCUCUAUGCAUGCUGAAGGUAAACAGCUGGCUGAAACACUGAAACAGGAACUUAACUCAGCCAUGACUCAAGUGGUAGACACAGUUGUGAAAGUGUUCGCCAAGCCUCCACGCCCUACACCUCAGCAGGCCUUCCCUCCACUUUCCAUACCUCCCGAAAGGUUUCCAAAUGCUGCCAAUGGGGACAACCCCAACUUUCAUACCGCCAACCAGAGGCUGCAGUGUUUUGGCGAUGUCAUCAUUCCCAAUCCACUUGACUCCUUCGCUAGCAUGCCCGGUAUUCCAGGCGCCACCAACGACCAAACCGAGGCGCUGCCCUUAGUUGUGAGAAAGACACCAAGUGACCACCAUCACCAGUCUUCGGCUGUGGGUGCCCACGGUGGUCACCACCACCCUGCUCUUCACCCCUCUUCGCUCUCCGCCUCCAUGGGUUUCAGCCCCCCAUCCUUUAGACAUCCCUUCCCAUUGCCUCUCAUGGGCUACCCUUUCCAGAGUCCCCUUGGCGCGCCCACAGGUGGUUAUGCAGGCAAAGACCGUUCCUCACCAGACUCCAUGGACCUGUCCAGGGAAACCACCAGCCUGAGGACCAAGAUGACAGGUCACCACCUGGCCCACCACCAUCGCUCUUGUUCACCAGCACACCCUGGCAGCACCGCUGAAGGACUCUCCCUGUCUCUCAUUAAGUCUGAGUGCAGUGAUCUCCAGGACAUGGCGGACAUCUCACCCUACUCAGGCAGCAAUAUCCAAGAAGGUCUUUCACCCAAUCAUCUGAAGAAGGCCAAGCUUAUGUUUUUCUACACCCGCUACCCAAGCUCCAACAUGCUCAAGAUGUUUUUUUCUGAUGUCAAGUUCAACCGCUGCAUAACCUCGCAGCUGAUCAAGUGGUUCAGCAACUUCAGAGAGUUCUACUACAUCCAGAUGGAGAAGUUCGCCCGCCAGGCCAUCAACGACGGCAUCACCGGAGCCGAGGAGCUGUCCGUCAGCCGCGACUGCGAGCUCUUCCGAGCUCUCAACAUGCACUACAACAAGGCCAACGAUUUCGAGGUCCCCGAUCGCUUCCUGGAGGUGGCUGAAGUCACACUGAGAGAGUUCUUCAACGCCAUCGUUGCUGGAAAAGACGUGGACCCGUCCUGGAAGAAGGCCAUUUACAAGGUCAUCUGCAAACUGGACAGUGAGGUCCCCGACGUCUUCAAGUCCCCUAAUUGUCUCCAAGAGCUUCUACACGAGUAAAUCUCUCCUCCUCCUUGCUCACUGCUUUGCGCUUUUUGUUUGUUUUCUCUGAUUACCUAGAAUUUCAAAAAAAGAUAUUCUUUUUUUUUGUUUUGUUUUUUCCUUUUUCUCCAACUUUACUUUUUUUUUAUUUUUAAAUGUAUGAAAGUUAUGGAGUAGCAUUCCCAAUUUGAAGCCUCUGUGGCAGUUCCUAAAAGACCUAGCUAUUGUGUUGUUGUUCCUAUAUUAUGAUGGUUCCUCUAUGUUUUGUUUUUCUAUUAUUCUGAACUGAAGAGACUCUAAUCUUACUGGGUGUUUUUUUUUUUUUUUUUUUUUUUUUUUUUUGGACCGUGUGAACCUUCGUCGGGGUUUGGCCUGCUUUUUCUGAUCAACACUAACUAAAAGUCCUCUGUGUGUGGAAGGAGUUCUCAAGUGUCCAUUUACACCGCGAAGAACAUAGGCAGACCGUCGCGGCACCCACGGGUCCCCUUCCAAUCCGGAGGGGACCCAAACGAACUGUUCCUGCUAAAGUGGGUGCCCCACAGACUUGAUGUCUCUGCAGACACACACAAACACACACACACACACACACACAUACACACAGAAACAAGGCCUAGUGAGGUUACUGACUGAACUAAAACUGAACUGGCGGUACUGGUCUGCACUACUCUGUGGGAACUGGACCAGUUUCAAAUAGCUACUGAGCUCUACCAUUUUUGAAGUGUGUUUUCCCUGCAAGUGGGGCAUUGUGUUCACUGGGUGUACAUUAUUAUUUUUUGAUUACUAUUCUUAUUGUUGUUAUCCAUUAUUAUUAUUAUUUGUCAUUACUGCUUGCUGAAGUACUGCUUGGCACUUCGAGAUCUGUUUGUCCCUUGAUGCCGAAAAAAAUAAAAAUAAAUUAUUGCUAUUAAUAUUAUUCCAGAAGGUUUUAGAUUCUGAUAUUUUAUCCCGACCCCCCACCUCCCCACACCCCCCCACUUUUCCUCUCUGCUAACUACUUUUAGUUUGACCGUUGCUGAAGAGAACUUUGACUUUGUUUCGCUUUUCGUUGAUGGUUGGGGCGGCUUUGCUGGAUUUGGAAUUUCGAUUUACCUAAAGCGACGAGCUCACCCAACACAAGGUUGUGCCAGAGAUGACGAGGGGGAAAUAGGCAGCAAAACUCAAAAGUAAAAAUGCAGAAAUAUACCAGUGUUUAGUUUUGCGAUAGCUGUCUUUCAAACAGUUGGAUUUCCAUCUUUGACUCCCCUCUAAAUGAGCAUUUGCUCAUCUAUCAUAUAUUUCUCCCCCUUUAGGCAACAGACAGUAAUAACUGCAUAGCCUCUCUCUGUUUUUGUUUUAAUGUUAAAAGAAGUCGCUCUGUGUGUGGCUUUCAUUCUGAUUAGCAGACACACGGCGGAAAUGGCAUCAUGAAUAAACUGCGAUAAUACCUGAUACUUGAAUAAUAUAGACGACUGGAUACAUAUGAGCAGAGACGCCACUCAGAGUUAAGUCAACUUUAAGCGAAGCGACAUGCGUAUAAGCUGAAACGCAGCAGUUAAUUAAUUCUGCUUCAAGAGGAACUUCCCCCGCACACAACAUACACACACGCACACACACACACACACACACACACAUCUCCUUCCCUCCAUGUUCACCUGACUGUGAGUGAAGCUAGCUCCUCUCUCAAUGCAACAAUACAAGGUCGGAGGUGAGCACUCACCCCAGGGGUAGAUGGAGGAGCUCUCAGCACUACAAAGAGCAGGGACAAAGGCACAGAGCGGGGAGAAACACGCACCUGAAGCCCUCCGCUCGCUCCCGCCGUCCCACACUGGCAGCUUUUGAGACCCAAAGUGUGAAUCUGUCGAAGCCACUGUGCCCAGAUCGCGACAUGGCAUUCCUUUCACUUUUUCCUGAGAUUCGAAUCCCAGAUUUUUCCACAUGAGCUGUACGUGUAUAUCCGGCGUAUGUGUUUGUGUGUGCAUGUGUGUGUGUGUGUGUGUGUGUGUGUGUGUGUGUGUGUUGCUUCUUUUUUUUUUUCUUUUUUUAAAUGAUAAUUACUUUCAUCCACCCUCUCAGGCUUUUAAGACUUUUAACAAGCAGUUAGUAUGAGUUGGCCUUUUGAUGAGGUAAGUUUGAAGCGUUGAGUGGACUCCGGUGCUUUCUGCGGUGCGUGCGAGCUCGCUGUUGAUCUCGCCUUGGCGACGUUAGCUUAGCGUGUCUGCCGUGUGUGUCACAAAAGAUCAAACGGGCCAGGUUGCUUAACCUGCUGACUCGUCUGAGCGAGACAAAGCACUUGACAAAAGGAGGCAGAGAAAGACGGAGAGCUACUCCCUUCAUUAUGUCCCCCUUCCUCCUCCUCCUCCUCCUCUUCCUCCCCCCCCGGACGGUGUUCUUCUUCUUCUUAAGAUCCGGCGCCCUGAGAGAGCGAGCAGCACACACAUUUCUCACUGAGCGGUGGGCUAGGCCCGGCUUGUCUCGGAGUCUCAAAGCAACAGCCAAGGGCUCUAAAGCGCCACAGACAAAGGUGAAAGGAAAGGACACUUUUAUCUGAUGCGCAGAUUAUUAUCGCUCCCCACCCUCCUCCUUCCUGCGACUCCACCCUAAAGUUAAAGAACCGCUGCGCCGAAAAACAUUCAUUCAGGAGGAUGAAGACUUGUGUGCAGAAAAAAAAAAAAAAGACCUAGAUACCAUGUUUUGAAAUAUUUUUGUCGAGUUUUCCUUUUCUUGCGCUUGUUUGAUUUUUAGGAUUAUUGAAAUACAUAUAUAGCCUUUUUUAUUAAUUGUAAAAUAAAACUUUAUGGGGAAAAAUAUAUACAGUUGUGAAAGUUCUUGGAAAGGCACUGUUAGAAACUGUUUCAUAAAACAAAUCUCGAGGGUAUUUUUAGUGGCGAUUCUGUUUAUAAUCUGUACUCUCAAUAAGUGACUUGUUGGUAGAUUAGGAGCAAUAGUGGUAGUUUUUUUUUUAUUUUGUUUUUUUUUUUUGAAGGUUUGUGAGCAGUUUUCAUUUUGGUUUCUUGACCUUUUUGUACUGUGCUGAAUGGAUGUCUUCUUGAGAACAG